AUGUUGAACAUCUUGGAAAUUGUCCAUGACGAGUCCUUACCAAAGGAAAAUUGGUGGGGAAAGAACUAUGUCUGUCAAAUAAAUGAUUUCUGGUUCCUUCCUAAAUUUCUCCCAAGCACCAUUCGAGUUCUUAAUGAAUUCAAACCACUUCCUAAUGAUGUAAUUUUAGCCUCCUUUCCAAAAACUGGUACAACAUGGCUUAAAUCUCUAGUCUUUUCCAUCGUAAAUCGAUCUUCAAAAGAGUCAUUAGUGAAGCAUAAUCCUCAUGACCUUGUUCCUACGCUUGAGGUGCAAGUGUUUGGAACAACUCAUCAAUCAUCUUCAAUUACUACUCAUGAUGAAUCUCAUUCAACAAGACUAUAUUCGACUCAUAUUCCUUACCAGCUUCUAGGUAACACUUUCCAUUCAUCUAACUGUCGAGUUGUUUACAUAACAAGAAAUCCUAAGGAUACGUUGGUAUCAAUGUGGCAUUUCACGAAUAAAUGGAAGGAUGCAGAUCAAGAUGGACCAUGGCAUCUCGAAGAAGCUAUAGAGAAAUUUUGUUCUGGAGUAUUUCCUGGUGGACCUUAUUAUGAUCAUGUUAUGGGAUUCAGAAAGGCAAGCUUGGAGAAACCAAAGAAUAUAUUUUUGAUAACUUAUGAAGAGCUAAUGAAGGACACGAAAAUUCAUGUGAAGAGAUUGGCGGAGUUUCUAGGGUGUCCGUUUAUGAAUGAGGAGGAAGUAGAUGAGAUAGUGAAGAAUUGUAGCUUUGAUAUUCUUAGUAGUUAUGAGGUGAACAAAUCUGGGGAUUUUCCUAGUUGGUUUCAAGUUCCUUACAAUUCUUUCUUUAGACAAGGUGUUGUUGGAGAUCAUAAAAACUAUCUUGAUGCUAAGACAAUUGAACGUAUUGAUGCAUUAACAAGAGACAAGUUUCAUGGAGCUGGUUUUAUGUAUGGCAUUUAA